AUGAGCCAGGACUGUAAUAAUGAUGAGGACGCUGGCAAUAGUGCUUCGGUAAAAGCCAGCCACAGGUUGCUGAAAGAUGCGAACGAGAUACUUGAUUCGUUAGAACAAAGUCAUCGAAACGAUUUGGCACUUCAUUUGUACUCGAGUCACCUUUUAAAGAGCCUUUUGAGACGUGCGAACAAAAAAAGGGGACUUCUGGAGGUGGAUUUGUUUAUCAAGACCCAGAUCAAGGACAAUUGGACUAGCUGGCCGAAUCCCGGCACCGUAAUCGAUCCUCAAACGGACUCUAUUUAUGAAGACGUGGAAGUGACAAUCCCCGAGAACAGAACAUUGAAAGCAGGGGAAGUAUCUAUGGCAGGUUUAGAUCGCGCGUCGGAGCUUCUGAAAGCAGAAAUGAACGCCGUUUGGCAGAGAUCUCUGGCCAAGUCAGCGUCCUCUCGAGGGUUAACAGUGGAUAUCAACAAAAUGGAAAUGCCUCAGUUCGUGUUCAAUGGUGUGAUUGGAAGACUGGAUACAUUUUUCGACGGGUUACAUCGGACUAUGGCUAAAGAGAAGAAACUAGAGCUUUCGCAGGAAAAGAACACUGGGGCAUUGAAAAUCAAUCAAGAAAACGGCACGGUGAAAAACGUCAAAAUGAACAGAGCGAUAAGGCUUGACUAUAGGGAUGUUAUCCAGCGCGGCACGCAGAUGGGGGUGGACAUGUCUCACGUUUAUAUGAAAACACUUGAGCUCUUCAGCGAUAUCCCGUACCGAUUCAGAAAAUCUGCUUUCAAAUUGCCUCUGGCUGAGCUUAACAAAUAUUCAGUGAAGAAGAGCAAGUUUAAGAAUCAGGAUGCGUCGAGGCGUAGCGUAAACAAAGACUUUUUGAGUGUAGAAAAAUUGGUCAGAGCUAGUGGGAUAAACCCUGCCUUGCGGCAAACUUUACGAGAAUUUCACACUAUCCAGACAAAAUAUUUACUUGAUGAAAAAAUGUUCCUUACCGUGAAAUACCAGAGAAACCUAUCUGGUUUGGAGGAAGACGAAGAGUAUAAUAUGGACGACUGUAAAGUCGUGUUGCCCAAGUAG